AGGUUAAACCAAAAGAACAAAAGCCAAACGAACAGCCAAACAUCGUUCGCCUUGGCCCUUGCCUUGGAUUUUAAUAAUCGCUACUUGUCAAUAUCACAAACUCACCACUAUAAAUAUUGAAACGUAAUCUUCCAAGCCGGCUCGUGCAUUCGCCUCGUGAUCUCUCUCUCUCUCUCUCUCUCUCUCUCUCUGCAAUGGCGAGUUUUUCAGCUUCGUCGAUCUCAAUGCACUCCCGUCCUCGCCCUUCGCAUCAGAGCUUGGCAAGCACCACAGUAUCUGGUUCGAAGUCAGUUUCAUUUUCUAAUCAAGGAAGAGGCAUGUCAUUUAGGAUGCGCCCACUUGUGUCUCGCUUUCGGGUUUCUUGUGCUGCCAAACCAGAGACAGUGGACAAGGUGUGCGCAAUAGUUCGGAAACAACUGGCUCUACCAGAUGACUCGCCAGUUACUGGUGAAUCAAAAUUUGCAUCUCUUGGUGCUGAUUCACUUGAUACGGUUGAGAUCGUGAUGGGACUGGAGGAGGAAUUCAGUAUCAGUGUGGAAGAGGAGAGUGCCCAGAGCAUCGCAACUGUUCAAGAUGCCGCAGAUCUCAUUGAGAAGCUCAUUGAGAAAAAGAGUGCUUAGAAAAAGCAAAUCAAAAUAACUACUGGAGACCGGAAGGUUUUGCCAAUUUUGACAUUAGAUGGAGUUUCCAGAAAUCUUGUUUUAAACUUAUUUUCUCUUCUCAUCGUUAAGCUUUGGUAAGUUAUCCAUUUUCUUCAUGUUUGAGAGAGCUCAAGUCUGCAUGAUACCAAUUUGGUUAGGCUCUCGCAUGGUAGCUGGAGAAUAAUUAGAUCACGAAAUGGUUUGUGAUGUUAAGCAUUUGCAAUUUAAAAAAUUGUACUGGGAUCCUUUUUUGUUCCACUUAGCACCAUUAAGUCCUGUAAUUAAUUACAUGUGUAUUUAGUGGGUUACGACUUACAAAUCAAUAGACAUAAGAAGGAUCGUUUAUUAA